UGGCCCCCGGCUCCCGGCCCGGGCUCCCCUGUCCCGGGCCCGCGCCUGGGCUGCGCCGCGCUCCGCAACGUGUCCGGCGCGCAGUACGUGGGCUCGGGCUACACCAAGGCCGUGUACCGAGUCCGCCUGCCCGGCGGCGCCGCCGUGGCGCUCAAGGCUGUAGACUUCAGCGGCCACGAUCUGGGCAGCUGCGUGCGCGAGUUCGGGGCACGGAGGGGCUGCUAUCGGCUGGCGGCCCACAAACUGCUCAAGGAGAUGGUGCUGCUGGAGAGGCUUCGGCACCCCAACGUGCUGCAGCUCUAUGGCUACUGCUACCAGGACAGCGAGGACAUUCCGGACACCCUGACCACCAUCACGGAGCUGGGCGCCCCUGUGGAGAUGAUCCAGCUGCUCCAGACCUCCUGGGAGGAUCGGUUCCGAAUCUGCCUGAGCCUGGGCCGCCUCCUCCACCACCUGGCCCACUCCCCACUGGGCUCUGUCACGCUGCUGGACUUCCGCCCGCGACAGUUCGUGUUGGUGGACGGGGAGCUGAAAGUGACGGACCUAGACGAUGCACGCGUGGAGGAGUCUCCAUGCACAAGCAGUGCCGACUGCAUACUCGAGUUCCCAGCCAGGAACUUCACCCUGCUCUGCUCGGCCCAGGGCUGGUGCGAGGGCAUGAACGAGAAACGCAACCUCUACAAUGCCUACAGGUUUUUCUUCACAUACCUCCUGCCCCACAGUGCCCCACCCUCACUGCGCCCUCUGCUGGAUAGCAUCGUCAAUGCCACAGGGGAGCUUGCCUGGGGGGUGGACGAGACCCUGGCCCAGCUGGAGAAGGUACUGCACCUGUACCGGAGUGGUCAAUACCUGCAGAACUCUACGACAAGCGGCAGUGCUGAGUACCAGCGCCUCCCAGACAGCACCAUCGCCCAGGACGACUACCGCUGCUGGCCUUCCUACCACCACGGUGGCUGCCUCCUCUCAGUGUUCAACCUAGCUGAAGCCGUGGACGUCUGUGAGAGCCAUGCCCAGUGCCGGGCCUUUGUGGUCACCAACCAGACCACCUGGACAGGUCGGCAGCUGGUCUUUUUCAAGACCGGAUGGAGCCAAGUGGUCCCUGAUCCCAACAAGACCACAUAUGUGAGGGCUUCCAGCUGACCUACCUGAGGGCUCAGCUGCCCCUCCUUGCCUGCCGGGCUUCCCUGCAGAGGGAGCACUACAUGUCACCCGGAACCCCUGCAGACAAGACUGACAUCCCAGACAGACCGAUGUGACCAGGACAAACGUGCAAUAAUGCGAAAUGUUAAAAUGUGAGUUUACCAGCCUAGGUGUGGACUGCUAGCUCCCAGGCCAGGAAUCAUGGGGGCUGCCUCUCUGUGGGCUGUGAGCAAAGCUUAGGCUAGUCUCCCACUGGGGAGUGUGCCCCUUACUGGGACAGUCAUGGGGGCAGCCUGUUACUGUGUUCAUGGUGUGAGAAUGUAGCCAAAGCCCUGCUGCUGCUGCGCAUGCCACAGCGGGAGCGGGCUGCGUGGGGACAAUCGGUCACGGAGUGUUCUCAGCUUACCUCCAGACAGGAGACUCACCCGGGGCUGCCCCGGGAUGUGGGUGAUUCUGUCCCUGCAGAGGUCAUCUUUGGCCUCCCCACAGUGGGUGCUCCCGGGCCCGCAGGGGUCGGGGCAGAGGUGCAUGUCCAUUUGAGCCAAGAUGGGAUGGAGGAGCAGGUUGCGGUUUGAGCCAGGACCUGGGGCGGGGGUGGGGCCGGGCCUUUCUGCCUCAUUUGCUUUCAGUGAAAGCCGCAAAGCAGCCGAUACCAGGCUCUCCCCCUCCUGGAGUUUGUAUAUCCAGAAGCUUUUGUACUUCUUGUUCAUUAAAUUGUUUAUUUUUGUAAAAAAAAAAAAUUGAUCAAUUAAUAAAAUGACGUUUCACAGCA